UCCAUCCGCGAGAUCUCCGCGGCCGUCGCCGUCGCCGUCAUCCGCGCCGCCGCCUCGGACGGCCACCUGCACAGCGAGGAGGCCCGGGAGGCGCUGGCGGAGGGCGGGGCCGAGCUGCUGAGCUGGGUGACCAAGAGCAUGUACUCACCCCAGGAGUAUGGCAGCCUGACCUACCGGCCGCCGGGGAUCGGGGAGUGA